UGAACGUUGACCUGUCUGCGUUGGUUGCAUGGUGAAUGCCAAAUUGACGAAUUUUUCGAACUUUGUGAAAACUAAAUGAGCAAGAUAUAAAAUAUUGAAAAUUGCUUACAGCGAUGGGUCUACUACAAAUUACAUUUUUGUUGGCAAUAACUUCUCUUUGUUUGGGAAAAGAUUAUUACAGAGCUGCUGUUUUAGAGCAUGUACGUUUCGGUGACACUUCAUACUCAAGUGAAGAAAUAAUACAAAUAAAUUUGAAGAAAUAUGAAUUAGCUGCUAAGAAAGCUGCGUUAGAGGGGGCUGAUAUUAUAGUUUUUCCAGAAUGGGGUUUGUACCCCGAUGACAAAGAAAAUAAGUCAUACUUGCUAAGUUUUGGUGAAGAUAUUCCAGAUCCAAAGUUAAGACUGUGGAAUCCUUGCAAUGAAAAAGAGCAUUUUAACGAGAAUAGUGUUUUGGUGCAUUUGAGCUGUAUGGCGAAAGAUCAUGGCAUGUUUUUAGUAGCCAACAUUGUUGAUAAAAAGACAUGUCUGCCACAAACUUGUGAUGCAGAUAAUGUGGACUCUUGUAUCAGUGUCUCAUGCCCCAGUGAUGGUAUUUAUUAUUUCAACACAAACAUUGUGUUUAACAGGGAAGGAACAUUAGUUGUUCGAUAUUACAAACGGCAUUUGUGGAUUGAGCCUAACAUGACUCCAACUUUUUCACCUGAACAUGCUUUUUUUGAGACGGAUUUUGGCAACUUUACCACAUUUAUUUGUUUUGAUAUAACUUACAAAGAAGCUGUUGAUGCAGUUGAAACGUUAGGUGUUCAUAACAUUGCUUAUCCAACGUACUGGUUUGACCAUAACCCAUUUGCUGUUGCAACUGCUUUCCAACAGUCGUGGGCAUUUAGAAACAAAGUAAAUCUUUUGGCCUCGAAUGCUCAUUUCCCUGGCACUGGGACUGGAGGAAGUGGAAUCUAUUCUUCCAGAAAAGGGGCUUUGAUUUAUUCUCAAAAUCCCGAUGGUCGCUCGAAGCUUCUUGUUUCCAAUGUUCCAAAAUCACCAUCAGAAAGCACCAAGACUUCUUUUGUUCCAAAUGCUAAGAAAUUCAUUGUUCAUGAAGAUGAACUAGAAGAAGUCACACAUGAUAAUGAGAAACAUCUGAACAACAUGUGUGACAUGAGAGUUUUGGGCUUGCCAAAAGACCCCCUUCAUGAUUAUCGAUGUUUACCAACUAAUGUUUCUACUUAUGUGUUUGUGAAGUUAAACAAAACGGAGGAUAGCCUGAAAUUAUGUUCUGAUAAGCUCUGCUGUUCUUUAUCUUACCAAGCUGAUAGUAUGUCUGAAAAUUACUAUUUUGGGGUUUCAGGGCAGGAUUUUAACUUUUACAAUAGGUUUUCCUUUGGCAUUGAGGCCUGUUUACUUGCUCGCUGUGAAUCAGUAAAUGAAAACAUCUGUUCAAAUUAUCUUUUAAAAUCUGACACAGUUUUUAGAAGUGUUAAGCUUACAGGUACGUUUAAUACCCAAUAUGUAUAUCCAUUUGCUAUGGAUAGUAAUUUGUACUUGACUAAGAGAAAUGAAUGGGAUUUUGAAAAAGAUGCUUUAAUAUACACAGCUAAAAGAAAAAAUCAUUUAGUUUUUCUGGGAUUAUAUGGUAGAUUAUAUGAGCUUGAUAAAGAUUUAUAGCUUCAAAUGUUAAAAACAUUUGUGUGGCUUAAGAUAAUCUUUUGUUAUUUAUUUAAUUUUAAUAUGUUGAUGAUGUUGAAAAAUAUUUUAUAAAACUUAUUUUAUUUUGUAUACUUUUGAUGGGUACAAUUUUUUAACUGCUAUGAUCAG